UUACCUUCCUUUCUAAAGAAAUCCUUUAUAAUAAUACCCAAUACCCUCCAAACCCUUCUUCCAUAAGUAGUUAAAACCUUCAAACUUUCCUUCUUCACAAUUCAACCUUAAUCCUUAAAACUUUCCUUCACCAUUCAACCUAAAUCCCAUGCAACUUUGACACUCAAAGAAGGGGAAAUUCAAAGAGAAGUCAGCAAGUCGUGCUUGAGAUCUUGCCUCAGAGUUUCUUUUGUCAAAAAGAGAGGCACCCACAAACAAGGAGUAUAUAUAUAAUGGUUCUUCUUUGGGGUUUCUCAGUCAUUUCUCUUGCUCUUUACAUCCUCAACAACAUCCCCAUCAAAGAUUGCGGCAAGAAGGAGAAAGGGCUUCUUCUUCCUCAUCAUCCCCAUCAAAGUGGUGGCAACAACAACAACAACAAGCCGAUGACCAUGAAGAAGAAGAAGAAGAUCAGGCCGAGCAACCUCAUCGUGCCGAUCCAGAGCUACACGUGUGCGAAAUCGGAGUUCGAGGAGCUGUACAAGAGGUCGGAGAGCAAGGAGCUCGAGGUUCGUGGGAAGAACUUCUGCCUGGCUAGCAAGAAAGGGAGAAGGGAAGUCAUGGAAGAUGGGUACGGAGUCGUCGCCGACAUCCAUCGAGACUCCAGGCAGGGUUUUUUCGCGGUGGUCGACGGGCACGGUGGCCGGGCGGCGAUGGAGUACGUGGUGGAGAACUUGGGGAAGAACAUAGUGGAAGCCAUGGAUUGUGACGAGGUGGCGAUGGAGGAAGCAAUUCGAAAAGGAUAUUCGGUUACAGACAAAGGGUUCCUUAGCCAGAAGGUUAGUAGUGGUGCUUGUGCGGCAAGUGUGAUGAUGAAAAAUGGAGAGAUGCACAUAGCCAACGUGGGAGAUUGCCGAGUAAUCCUAAGCAGAAACGGAGUGGCCACUCCAUUGACGGUCGAUCAUCGUCUGAACACUAGACAAGAUGAGCGCCAACGUAUUGAGAAUUUGGGCGGGUACGUGCACUGCGACAGAGUCCAAGGUUCCCUAGCCAUCUCGAGGGCUAUCGGGGACCACCAUCUGAAGGAAUGGGUCAUCUCCGACCCCGAGAUCACUAAGCUUCCAAUCACCCCUGAUUGCCAGUUCUUGAUCAUGGCUUCUGAUGGCCUCUGGGACAAGGUUGGUGAGCAAGAGGCAGUGGAUGAAGUCUCAAGGCAUUAUGAUAACAACAAUGGAGUACUGAUGGAGUCAUGCAAGAAGCUGGUUCAGUUGGCUUUCAGCAGAGGCAACUUGGAUGAUGCUACUGUUAUGGUUAUUAGUCUAGGGUGUUUCAUGGACCCACAACCACCAAUUUUGAUCAACUAGUUGAUGAGGAGUUACAUAGUUAAGUAAUCUUAGAGUCAUUUCCAAUGGAUAUAUACCUAGCUAGCUAAUGUCUUUGGAAAUAUCAAAGACAAAAUGUUGGAUCUAUGUGUAUUAUAUUUAGCAUUUUCAUAUCAUGUUAAUUUACUUGCCUAUGUACUUUGUUGCAUUGUCAAAUACAUAAUUAACGAGAAGAGUUUCUAUCUAUAUGAUAUCAUCAGUCUAUAUUUGUCAACUUCUAUCAACGAAUAUUAAACUUGUAAGACUAUG